GAAACUAUGGCAAUUUUGCAAAAAGAUACCCACAUCCCUCUCCACAUUUGCAAAUAAGGCCUUCCCUCGUUCAUCAUUUUCUCCCAUAAGAUAAACUACUCAUACAAAUGCAUCUUGAUAUUUUUUUUUCGAGCAACCGGCAGGAGCUCUGCCUUUUCAUUAAGAAAAAGAGAAUUGACCAGUUUAUAAGGAAAACUGGCCAAAAACCGAUACAUCUGCGAAACACGCACACGCCAGCCCCGAGGCUGCGCACCACUCGAGUCGACGACACUGUCACCCAAUUGACCAGAGACGACACCCUACAACAGAACACUGGGCUCCGGAGCUGCCGCUCCGACAUCCACACCGGCCCCGAGGCCACGCACCAGCCUAGUCGAUGGCUCCGCCGCCCUAGAGGCCAAAGCCAACACCCAACGCACACGAGAUCUCCGGCGCCGCCGUACCGGCUUCCACUCCGGCCACGAGGCCGCGAACCCACCUAGUCGAUGACCAUGUCGCCCUCGCGACCAAAGCCAACCACCACACGAAGGAGAUACCCGGAGCCGCCGCUCCGACUUCCACGCCGGCCCCGAGGCCGCGCACACGCCUAGCCGACGACGAAGUUGCAAAGACACAGAGCCACCGCCAGCAGAUGAAGGACCGGACCUCCAAAGGCGUCGCCCCCAAGAGGGAAGCGACGAGGAACGUCGCCGACGCCCACUUCGGCCAAGGCCGAAGUUUGGGUUUUCACCCGAAGAGCCCGUGGCUGAGAUGACGAGGGAGGUGAAGGGGCUCCACGACGCCGCCUCCAACAAGGGAACGACAUCCUAGGACGUCGUCGACGCCGGCAUCGACCGAGGUCGAGCUAGGCUUUCACCCGGAGCUCACCAAACCCAUCUUCACCACAGCCAAUCACCACCGGCGGCGGUCGAGCACUCUACACCGAUCACCACCGCCAACCACCUCUUACACGGCAAGCAAAACCACCAUAGCACCACGCGCCGUCAUGGCAGCUCCGCACCCACCGCCAAGAGCGGCGCCGCCGCGCCGCCAUCCUCCCUCCUCGCUGCCGUAGCCAACGCGCCACAGCGCCGCCCGCAGCCCGCCGAACUCGAGGCUGACCACCACACACCAGAUCCGGGGCAGCCUCGCCCGGAUCCGUGCCCCGGACGCCGCCGGGACCCGCCGAAGGAGCACCAGCAAGCUGGGAUCGAGCAGCUCCCCCGCCGGCCGCCACACACCAGAUCCGCCGGAGCCCCGUCCGGAUCCGCGCCCCGGACAGCCGCACCGCCACCCAGCACCAGCGCCACCGGCCACCACCGCGCCACAGCCGCCCGUCACCAGAUCCAGGCGUACCUCGAUCUGCAACCACCGGCGCCGGGGGCACGCCCCACCCCAGACGCAGUCAGCCACGCCACUAGAGGAGCCCGAAGGGCCCUCCGCCGUGCCACCGCGACCCGCGAGCUUGCGGCGCCCCGGACCAGUGACCCCGGCCCGCGCCAGGACCUUGCACGCGAGGGGCGAGAAGACCCGCCGCCGCCGACGACGGCAGGGCUUCGCCCGACCGCGUCAUGUGGCGGCGGCGGGGGAGGAGGGAGGGCGCAGGGGAGACUAGGGGCGGCGGCGGCGGGUUCCUCCCCGUCGCCCACGGGAGCGACGCGGGAUGAGCGAGUGUUUUGUUCGAACAUAUAGGUGAGCGAGAUAAUGCUAAAUCACCUGUGCAACGACACGCCGGUUAUUGUGGUGAACGGGCAAUUGCCAGGCCCAGCGAUAGAGGCCACGGAAGGAGACUCCGUGGUCGUUCAUGUCAUCAACAAGUCACCUCAUGGAGUAACUAUCCAUUGGCAUGGAGUGAAGCAGCAACUGAAUUGCUGGGCCGACGGGGCAGGGAUGAUAACCCAAUGCCCGAUCCAGCCGAACAAGAACUUCACGUAUCGGUUCAACGUCAUCGGCCAGGAGGGCACGCUGUGGUGGCAUGCUCAUGUUGGCUUCCUCCGUGCGACAGUUCAUGGCGCAUUGAUCAUCCGACCAAGAUCCGGGCCUGGUUCAUACCCGUUUCCCAAACCCGACAAGGAGAUCCCCAUCGUUAUAGGUGAAUGGUGGGACAUGGAAAUUGUUCAGGUGGAAAGGAGAGCCGCGAGUAGAAUCUUCGACGAUUGGCCCCGUUCCCCCACGAUCAAUGGAAAGCUUGGAGACCUCAGUAACUGUUCUGGGUUCAUUGAAGACAACUAUGUUCUUAAUGUUGAGCAUGGAAAGACAUAUCUCUUACGCAUAGUAAACGCAGCACUCCAUGAACAAUACAACUUCAAGAUCGCUGGGCAUGAGUUCACGGUGGUCGCAAUUGAUGCCAACUAUGUGAAGCCAUACACGACAGAUACCAUCGUGAUCGCGUCAGGCGAGACGGUCGAUGCUUUGCUCGUUGCCGACGCACCUCCUGGUCGGUACUACAUGAUCGCCCAAGCUAUGCAAUCACCGGAGCCUUUCCUCCAGAUUCCGGUGUUAAUGUCAAGAGGGGUUGUAUCCUACUAUCCAAGCAAAGGAUCUACUGACGAUACUCCGAUAAUGGCUCCUGAAAUGCCCGAUCAACACGAUGCAACCACGUCUUUCUACUUCCGAGGCAACUUGACCAGUCUGCUACCUCGAUCGGUUCCAGCGAACGUCGACGAGCAACUGUUCAUCGCCAUUGACGUGGGCGACAUCUGCUCACAUGAUGGAUCACAUGACAACUGCAUGGUGACUAGGUUGAACAACAUCUCUUUCCAUCUCCCCACGACGACAUCAUUGCUCCAAGCACACUACAACAACAACAUGAGCACAAGCGCAAUCAGCAUGCUAAAGGAGUUCCCAAGAUGUCCACCGAGCUCAGAGUUUGGCUAUAGCCCGACGUCGGUGGGGACGGCGGUGAGGACGGUGCGGUACAACACCACGGUGGAAAUCGUGUUCCAAAACCCAUACUCGUCGGGUAUGUUCAGCGCAAGUAACCCGAUGCACCUUCAUGGACACGACUUGUUCAUUCUCGGGCAGGGGUUAGGGAAGUUCGACCCGGUGAAGGAUGUGCAGGCAUACAACUUGGUGGAUCCACCCGUGAGGAACACCGCCCUUGCCCCGAUUUACGGGUGGACAGCCAUCCGAUUCGUCGCAAGUAAUCCUGGGGUGUGGUUCUUGCACUGCCAUAUGGAAAAGCACGUAUCGUCGGGCAUGGCAUUGGCACUCGUGGUGGAGAACGGACCGACACCCGAGACGACUCUUCCCCCACCUCCGGCAGAUUAUCGAAGCUGUGAUGGCGGCCAAAACAAUAGAGCACUGGCAGAUGAAUAAUGAGAGACAGUUAGCUGGAAAUAUGUUUGAGUUCUGUCAAAUAUGUUUGCUUAUUGCACUUGCAAUUUGGACUCUUGGUUGAUUGGUAGUUGGGUGCAUUUUAUUGUGUCGUUAUUUUACCUUUUGUAAUCCUCUGUGGGACCUUUGUCAACCCACCUGUUGUUAAUGGAAGCAAGUAUAUUAGUGUUAUCAGAAA